AUGGGUCAUCGCAAGAGCUUGGGAUUCAUCUCAACAAAUUGGUUUUCAUGGUUCUUAAGAGUUGGGAUGGUGGGACUGGCUGUGUUCGCUAGGUUGACAUCUCAGGACAAAGUUGAAGCGCCUCAGAGUAACUCGUACUGUAUCAGCGAAUGUGGCACAUGCCCAGUAAUCUGUUCUCCACCUCCUCCUCCACUUCUCACAUAUGUACCGCCACCCUCACCAGCGGUCCCUCAUUCUCCACCACCAUCGGCGCCGGCCCACGCACCUCCCCCUCUUUACUUCACCUACCCGCAGCCACUCCCGAAGUCACCGGCGUCGCCACCUCCCCCACCGCCACCAGCUCCUUCAACAAACCCUUCAAGCGCCGCUCCCCCUCCGCCUGCUAAGUCCAACAACGCACCUCCUGCGGAGUCCGGUCAACCGAUGGUAAUAUCAGGGCCACAUCAGUACUCUUAUCCUUAUUACUAUUAUUACGCCUCAGACGCUUCUUCUCCUUCUUCUUACGCACCAUUUAUACUCUUACUAUUGUUCCUUCAUCGGAUAUUCUCCUCUUGGUGA